UGUUUCAUGGAGCUGUUCUUUUGUCGAUAAAAUAGUCGUAAAAAGUCGGAAGAAAAUACCAACGCUUCGCAUCGACGCUGGGCGCGACUGAGUGGAGUGGUGUGUGUGUGUAUGUGUUUGAGUGCGUGUGUGUGUGCAUCAGCGCGACAGGAAGUUGGGUGUCGUUUUGUUGCGUUGUGCCCCAUUUUGACGGCACUUGUCACCGCGUGCGGUGGUCGGCUGUGUCUACUUCCGCUCCGAGACACACGAUCGUGCUGCGAACCGGGGAAAGGAAAGUUUGGCCGUGUGGAAUAAUAGUGUGAACCGUUGUCAUCGGAAGGAAUAAAAUGGAGCGAGCAUAAAUCGCCCAUCUCCACGUCAUCGUACGCAUCAUUUGAUAAUUGCUGUUUGCUUGUUGGAAGUGUAUAUUGAUGUUUGAUAUCGUUGGUUAAUGUGGGUUUGCUUGAAGGUGCACAGCAUAGGCUUAAAGUGUUUAUGUAAGUGUGGCUAUACGUGGCUAGGUGUGUUAUUGUUAAUCCGUUAAUGUUUUAUAUGACGACCUGUAACGGUGUCGAUUUCUUCCCCCCUCUAUAUAGUGCGUUGAGUGUUAUUGGAAAAUUGUUAACGAAGUGGUGAUCGCUACAGCAGGUUAAAAAAAAAAAAGAAGGAAUAUAAAAUUGUUAAUAUUUUGUGCUGGAGUGCCAGGUGUGAGUGAAUUGAUAUCUCCGUACAUCGGGUAUAUAGUGUGCAUUCGGUUACUGUACGAGCGCAUCCGACACGUGGCUUUUACUUGGAGGCGCAUUAGUAUCAGCCGUCGGCAACGUCGCUCGAUCGUACGAUGGUAGUGCUGGAAGGUGGCACGAUGGGGACAUCAUUGCUGGGCGGUCCAUACGCCCAAGGUGCCCCGGCACUCAAGAUGAUGCAGAAGCGUUACGUUGGUUUGCACCAGUGGCUCAGCCCGAUGUGCGCCACCAAGGAUCUGAAGGAGCAUCUACAACUUUUCCGCUCGAAUCCCGGUCUUACUGCAGCGAACUCGGCCGUCCCAGGUGCGCCGAACGGUCAGCCACUGCCCCAGUCGGCCCUCUCGCUUUCGGCCGCCCAGCAGCAACAGUUCCUGCAGCAUAAUGCAGCGUACGCGGCCCAGCAGGCUCCACCGUACGUCAUCAACCCGGGCCAGGAUCCGUCCCAGUAUAUGGGUGCCCUCAUAGCGGCCGGCGUACCGCAGUACUAUGCACCCGCACCGUGGAGCGUGUAUCCGGCCAAUCUGGCCAUUCCGCAGCAGCAGUCACAGCCCCGUCGACCGCUCACCCCAUCGCAACAGGGAGCCGAAAAUCAACCCUACCAGGUGAUAUCGGCAUAUUACGACACGAGCGGUUCGCUGGUGAUGGGACCACGCACCGGAACGCCGAUGCGGCUCGUCAGUCCGGCCCCGCCGGUUCUGGUACCGCCGGGCGCAGCUGGUCCACGGGCUCCCCAAGCGCCCCCGAUCUAUCCUCCGCAGCCACAGACCGCGCAGCAGAACGUCUACUCGGCCCAGAACGGAUCCAACGUAGGAGGACUCGGUGCCUUGAACACAUCAUCCCUGACCACACGUCGGGAUUCGUUUGAUCGCAACACAUCGGCCUUCAGUCCAUCGCUGGACUAUACCUCGGGUGCCUCGACCAACACAAUGGCGAUGAAUGCUGCCGCGGCCGUCGCUGCUUCAGCUGCAGCUCGCAAGUGGCCUGUCGGUGCUGGAAAUUACAGCGGUCUCGGUACGGUAGCGGCCGCCUCGGCUAGUCCGCUAGGACCUUCGCUCACACCACCACCGGUAUCGAAUCUCGGCGCGCUGGUGACGAGCCGUGCGCCCGGUGCGGAGACAAAAUUCCGACAGGUAAAUCCCGGUCUCGUGCCCGGUAUCUCGACUGCCAAUGCUGCCAUGUUUGGGUCGAACAACUGUGCCGCUCAGGCAAUCCUAUCGCGACUCUCGAGUGCAGUGGCACGGCCUACCGCCGCUCCCGCAACUGCUCCAGCUGUACCGGGCGCAGCACCGGGUCUGGAUCGUCCGCCGGGCCGAUCGCGCCUGCUAGAAGACUUCCGCAAUCAGCGCUACCCGAACCUGCAGCUGCGCGAUCUCACCAAUCACAUCGUGGAGUUUUCGCAGGAUCAGCACGGAUCGCGCUUCAUUCAGCAGAAGCUGGAGCGGGCGAUCAGCGUCGAGAAGCAGCUCGUAUUUAACGAAAUACUUGGGGCAGCCUACAGUCUAAUGACGGACGUGUUUGGCAAUUACGUCAUCCAGAAGUUCUUCGAGUUUGGCUCACCGGAACAAAAGCAAGCACUCGCGCAGCAAGUCAAAGGUCACGUAUUGCCGCUAGCAUUGCAGAUGUACGGUUGCCGGGUUAUACAGAAGGCACUGGAAAGCAUUCCGGCGGAACAGCAGCAGGAAAUUGUGCGCGAACUCGACGGGCACGUACUCAAGUGCGUGAAGGAUCAGAAUGGCAACCACGUGGUACAGAAGUGCAUCGAGUGCGUCGAUCCGGUUGCAUUGCAGUUCAUUAUAGAUGCAUUCCGCAAUCAGGUGUACUCGCUUAGCACACAUCCGUAUGGUUGCAGGGUGAUUCAGAGGAUACUAGAGCACUGCACACCGGAACAGACGGCACCGAUAUUGGCCGAACUGCACGCGAACACCGAACAGCUGAUCCAGGAUCAGUACGGAAACUACGUCAUCCAGCACGUAUUGGAGCAUGGAAAGCCCGAGGAUAAAUCUGCACUGAUUGCGAGUGUGCGUGGUAAAGUGUUGACUCUUUCUCAACACAAAUUCGCAUCGAAUGUGGUGGAAAAAUGUGUCACGCAUGCCACACGUGCAGAACGCGCACUACUGAUAGAGGAAGUGUGUUCAUUCAAUGACGCUGGACUUCACGUCAUGAUGAAGGAUCAGUAUGCGAAUUACGUGGUACAGAAGAUGAUCGACGUGUCGGAGCCGACGCAGCGCAAAGUGUUGCUGCAUAAGAUUCGACCGCACAUGAAUUCGUUGAAAAAGUAUACAUACGGCAAGCACAUUAUUGCAAAGCUAGACAAAUUUUCGCUCAAGACACCAAAUUCCCUCGCGGGAGGUGGUGCCGGCGGAGCUGGAAACUCUGCCGCUAGUUCUGCCACCGGUGCCAAUGCCAACGGUACAGCUGGUCCAGCGGUUGGCAGUGCCGGUAGCAGCAGUGUCAAUGGAACUAACGGUGAGCUCACUGCCAGUAGCACCACGAACGGAACCACUGUAAACAAUGGAACCAACGCGAACGGUGCUACGGUGUCAGCAGGUACUGCCGGUGUUGUUGUUGGCAACUGUAAUCCUGUGGCCGGCGUGACGGGAAGCAACAACGGAAGCGUGAGUGGUGCUGUUAACAGCAACGGCACCAACGCUGCUCUGCGCCCGAUCGGUCCUCCAACAAAUGGAGUUAUGUAAGGUUGACCACGUUUGCACGUACAGUUGAGAAAGCUACAACAGCUAGAUAGAAUGUAAAUAUGUAUUGUUCGCUAUUUUCGAAUACUUAGCGGUUACGUUCGAGUUCCCCUUUAUUAACAGCAUAAGCCCUAGUACCUAAGAAUGGGUGUAAAUGGUCGAAUCAUUAUCAUUUUACAAAUGAUCCCAAAACUUUUGUGUUUGGACCCAAGUAAUAACUACCGUCUUAUACUUCUACUAAGAUUUUGCAUUGAAUAGGCGUAUAUAGAAUCACAAAUGCACAAAUGGGGGCAACAAUAGGAAAUCAGAAUAAAUAUUCGCUUUCGAACGAAUAGUGCAGUUCACCAGCGAAUGUAGAGCUUCUGAGUGCUAGUAGUAUCGUUUAUACGUGUUGUUUGUUUGUGCGUCACCCUUCAUAUAUAUAUAUUUUGUGUACAUUUUUAUUUUUUGUACGGUGUUCGAUCUCAAUUCUAUAAACGAAACGAAACGAUAGUGGAGAAAGUAAAUUAACGAUCAACGAUGAUCAAAUAGCGAAAACCUGUGUAAGCAAAUGCGUCCCAUGUGCGCGCUACGUAUGUUAAAAAACAUUAACAAAACAAAACAACGCAUUCGCAUGGUUUGAUAAAUCUCUUGAUGUAAGUAAUGUACUGUUUAGUUGAAUGAUUCAUUUCCUGCACAAAUGUUUGGGGUUCAACAUUUGUUUUGGGGGGAAAUUAUACGAUGUGAGAGAAAUGUUUCCUACUAGUAACUCUUGUUCAUAUAUGUUUGAGAGCAAAACAUCGUUUCGAGUCAAUUGGACGAACCUGGUGGAAUAAAUACACUUACACAGGUUCACCGUGGAACUUAAAACGGGAUUGUACUUGUGUCCUUUGGUUUCGUUUGUACCCUUUCAUGCGAUGUGAGUAUUUGCUUGCAAUUCCAUGCUAAAUCCCAACCCUAAAGCAACGCGUUAAAUGCAGCACACUGCAAUGCGCAAUUGUUUGUAGUGAAUAAGAGUACACGUAAAUGUAAUAUUUAGAGCAAACCAUACACGCGCACAUUCGCGAUUAAACGAAGUAUAAAGUACAGAACUAUAUAUUGGAAGUACGGCAACCAUGUUGGGGAGUAAGUGGUACAUGUAAACAACACGGAGCUUACUAAUUGUUGUGGUAGGUGUUUCGCUGUCGGCAGACACUUUAAUUGAUGGAAUUACUCUCGGCACUGCGAUCGAAGAUACGAGGAGCAGCUGCAAGGAAGAUUAACGCUAACAAUCUAAUUGUUAUAGAAUGGAUUGGAUUCGAAGCAGCAGCAUUCCACUAGAGAGUGAAGAGCUAAAAUCUAUUCUUCAACUGCUUCUAGCAAUUUGUAUCGGUAUUUAUGAUACGAUGAAUAUCAUAGCAGGGAACAACAACAAAACACUGCAAGAAAAUUUUUAAACAAUUUUCACAUUUAUAAUGCUCCGAUACUGAGGCACUAGGGACUAGUGCGGCACUGUUUUGAUAGAAACAAUAAUUCCUCCUUAUUAAGCGUGAUGAAAACUUGUGCUUCACUCUCCAUUACGAGGGGGAUGAUAGACCAUGCAAAUAAGGAAAAGGGUUUAAAUCUCUUGAGCAUCAUUGCGUGUGCCCAUGUUUGAUGUUAGCAUGUUUUAAGUACAUUCAAAAGUAAGCAACAAUCGAACAAUGGUUGGGAAAGAUUGAGUAGUUGUAGCAAAAUACUGCUAAUAGCUAUAUAUAGCCGUGAGCAGUGGGCAGUAUCGAUUAUUUUUAAUUAUUACUAGGAAGAAGCUGGCAUAGGGAUCAUUUUUUCAAGAAAAUUAAGGAAGAAAAAUACAGUCACAUCCACAUCAGAAAAGCAGACGUGAUUUUUUUCAAAUUGAAACCAUUUAUCAGUAAACGAACGAAGCGCGUUGAAAACAAGCUGCUACGCAACAAAAAAAAACCAGCGGCAGAUGCUAUGGUGACACGUUGCAGCAUUUUUUGGUGGAUGGUAUGACUGCCUAGUGUGUAUGGUCAUUAUAAGCGGAUUGGCGUGCUAGAAUUAACGUAGUAUAGUUUUACGUAAGCAAGAAAACGUAAGGAAACAAUUAACUGCCAUCCCAGUCCAACGUAGUAUUUACGUAGUGCGUGUGCUGGUGAUGUGUGUGCCCGCUUUGGUAAGCGUUUAGUUUAAUCUAACAUUUUGAGCUCCAUCGUAGCGAAAGGCACAUUUUCCAGACAUACAUUUAGCUAUCGAGGAUGGUGAUGAUAACACUCAUUUACUUUUACUUCUCCUUCAUCAUUUACAACUCAACGCGAUAGGCAUUAGAAAAUCCUAGACACUCGACAGAGAUCCAAGCUACGUGAAGUGUAACAAUUAACGCAACGAUAUAUGCUCUUCUCUAAUUUAAUCAUUUUGAAAACAAUAGAUUUUUCUCGAUCCAUUUACAAAUACCAACCAGCAAAGGACAACAUUUACGCUGAUGAAACGUAAAUGUUCACAUUGUAAUAUCUAUCGUUCAUACCAGAACAUACCCACACACACAACAGUAACAAGGGGGCAAACGUGCCGUGCGCUGUAUUACGGCAAACUUUAUCAUCAUUAGCAUUGCUGCAAAUGCGCGUCGGUUGACGUGAUACAUGGUUCAUGAUGGUAUUUAUUCUAGCUAUCAAACCACCAUUAAGCGAAGGUGAAUAGUUUCAUACAGUUUCAUAAUCGUACGUUUGAUAUGGAAACAACAACUGUGUAUUUUUAAGCACAUUGCGUAGUCCCUAGCUCUUAUCGUGGUAGUAAUAUAAUUAACUAACGUAUAGUUAUGAGCUGUUAACGUAACGGAAACUCACGCAUAAUGUAACAGCCUGCUGUGGCAGCGUAAAAUUAUUCAAACGUGAUCGUUUGUAGCAGGGCUGAACGAAAGGGGUAAUGAAGCCAAGACUGGAGUUUGAGAAUUUUAACACAACCUGGGAACGAGAAAUCGAGUGUGUGUGUGUGUCUUUUUAUAGAAAAUGCGGCCGAAAUGAAUAGCAAACACAUCGUCGGAUGCAAAGUUGCAAUGAAAUUGACAGAGAUUUUGGCGCAUCAUAGAGACGUGACGGAAAAAAGGGAAACGAAUCGGCAGUAUGGUUGAAAAACUCAUUGUAAAACAUUCUAAUCGAAAUAUUCGGGCGAAUGAAAUCAAUUUAAAUGCUGUAUCCCCAGAACGUGUACUCAUAGAUUGUCUAUGGAGUAUAUCAACUCUAGCUGAAAAAUUGUCCGCUUCUUUUUUGAACAUUACUUUGAUAUAAUUUAUUUACGUAUGUGUUUGCACUCCAACGGACACGUGCAUGUAUACUUUAAUUUUAAUUUUAAAUGAUAACUAAUGAGAAUGAAGUGGUGUAAAAUUAGCAAAAGAACAUAUGCAUUUGUUUGGCGACAAAACAAAAAGCAAAACCCACUACGAGUAGAACAAUUUUUUGAUAGAAGAUUUUUUUGUUUCUACUAUAACCAUAAAUCUUUCUCACACUUUUGCAGCAUGCCUUUUCCUGGGUGUGUGUGAGUUAUUGCAGAAAGCCUAAUUUUAUAAAAUUUACUGCCCUUUCAUUCGAUGGGUGUUCACCAUUAUUCUGCUUCUUUAUCGCGGCACAACAACCUCAAGAGGUCUAGAGGCCUGCCAUUUCUGGCUUUCUGUGACUCUAUCUACUCGUAACUGGAUAGUCAGUCCUGUGUACGCGGGGGAUUGGACCGGUUCGAUCGUGUGAAGACCGACGCCGCUACCAUCAUGCCACCGUGCCGCACCGUUCACCAUUAUUACUUGAUGGGGUUUACAUGUUGCUUUAUAAAUGCAUAACUACCAAUAUACAUACAUAUACAUAAUAAUAUUUGUGCUAUGUUAAAACAAUUAUUAAACACACACACACACACCGUGAGGGUGUAUGUGUUUGGGGGGAGAGGGGGGUCUUAUAGCAAUUCUCACACGAAUUCAUAUAUAAAUAUUCCUCAUAAUGGAUAGACUUUCUUAGAAAAACGAUUUUCUAGAAUUUAAUAUAAAAAAAAACUGUUUGAUGGAGAAGAAGAAAAAAAACCUGCUAUUGGGGCAGUAAAAAAGUAACGAAAACAUGAAAUAUGGAUUAAUUGAUGAAAUACCCAUAAUCCCAAUUUAAAGAAAAAUAACAUUCAUGCUGCUGGUAGAGAGGGAAGCAUGACACGGAACUGCUUCACUAAACUAUGAAACUGAACUAGAACUUGAUAUGAAUUAACUUCCAAUUUAUUUCCUCCCCCCGUUAUACAUUUAUAUAAAUAUAUAUAUAUAGACAGCUUAUAAGUUGUGCAUAUACUGUUUUAGUGAGACGUGCAUAGGAGGAGGCUCGCGGUAUAAACAUGAAUCCGCGGGAUGUUUAGUAAAAAAAGAAGUAAAAACAAAAUACCGGCGAUGCAAAACAAACCCCUGUACUGCAAAUGUUCCAGUUGUAUAUCGCUGUACAAAAUUUACAUAGUUAUUUUAUACUACUCAACCCCUCAUGAAAACACACACUUAGUGCAACGUUUCUAGCGGCGAAUAGAACAUAAAAUAAUUAACUAUCCCUCUCUCUCUCUCUCAUUCCUUAUCUCACCAUUACAAAGCGUAUGGAAAUGCUACAUAGAAGGAAGGCAAACCGUUAGCAAACGAAACAAAAAUUGUAUUUCACACGCAUAACGACAGCAAAAAAACAGUAAAUUAUCGAAAACUUCACCCAAACCAACAAUAGAAGCGACGGAAAAAUGUCCUCGCUAACGAUCAUUAUUCGCAUGGUGACAGUAUCGGAAAGAUAGGCAGCGUAAAAUUUUCAAAUUUUAAACAAUUUUCAAAAGUUGGUAAUAAAAAAAUAAACAAAACAGAAAAGCUAGACAACAGCUGGGAAAAAAAACAAAACGGUGACCGUAAAAAGAAGCAUUUUGAA